GAUGUUAAAAGUAUCGACUAAAAAAAACUCCUAUUAGUGCUUCUAUGAACACAAAAGGUCUUCUAGUUAAGAUGUUUGAACUCUUAUUCAUGAAAUGGUAGAGGCUGUAAAAUCUUGAUUUAAUGAAAUUUUUUAAUGGCAACAAUAUAUUUGUUUGAUAUUUAAUUUAUUUAUACAGGUCAAUCUCGUUUGCAAGAAAGACUUUUUAAUGCCCAUAAAAUCAGCAUAAAUAUAAAACAAUGGACUUCACAGUUCUUGUGUUUACAGAGCAAAAAUAUUUAGUAAAACAUCAUUUGACUGCUCUUUUUGUCUCAGAACAAGAGAUUACAAAACACUGUUUUGUUUAUGCUGCCUUUCCAAAACCAGACUAUCUUAUAAAAAUGUUGGUUGGGUUGUUGGACAGGCAAACAUUCUUCUGCCCUGGUUUCCCCCAAAUCAGGUCAUCUCAAGGUCAAGCGUUAAUGACCAACACUCAUGACUUGGUGCUACAAAAUCUCCCAUCAUCCCAUUCGACAUGGGGUGUCAGAGCUCGACUUUAGUUUGAUUAAUAACUGUUUAAUAUUACUGACAAAGUGUUUAAAGGACAUGACUGAUGCUGUUGAGUUUGGUUAUCGACAUUGAGAGGUCUGAAAGACUUUGGCUUUUUGUUUAGGCUGGGUAAGGAUUUAUUCUUUUUUUUUAAGUUCAUCAGAAAAGAGAAUAAGAGGGAAAAUUACAAGUGGGUUAUUUAAAAUGAAUUAUUGAUUUGUAGGUUUUUAUUACACUCCAGCUUAAAGAUUGUCAAGAACUGGUACGUGUGACCAACAACUGGUACGUGUUUGGUAGAGAUUCUUGGACGAUUAGAACUUGUAGCUUUGGAGAAGUCUGAUUGAACUGGGCAGAAGAAGAAAGAGAACAUGAGUCCGAUAGUAGAAGCUUUGGCCUGCUUUCUGGGAUUUUUGAGCUGGCUGAUGGUUGGCUUGGCCCUUCCAAAUCGAUACUGGAGGGAGUCUACGUUUGAUGGUAAUGUUAUUACCACUUCAACCGUCUACGAGAACCUGUGGAUAUCCUGUGCUACUGACUCUACUGGAAUUCACAACUGUCGAGAUUUUCCAUCUUUGCUUGGACUAAAUGGGUACAUUCAGGCCUCUCGAGCGCUGAUGAUCGCUUCCAUCGUGUUUGGGGUGUUCGGUCUUGUGGGGGCUCUUGUAGGGAUGCAGUGCUCUAAAAUAGGUGGAAAAAACUACGUCCUCAAGGGAAGGAUUGCAGCAGUCGGAGGAGUGUUCUUUAUACUUCAAGGGCUUUGCACCAUGAUUGCCGUGUCUUGGUAUGCAGCCAACAUCACGCAGCAGUUUUUCGACCAGCUUUAUGCAGGGACAAAGUAUGAGAUUGGUCAAGGCCUCUACAUCGGCUGGUCUUCUGCGGUGCUCGCUCUCUGUGGAGGCGCAUGUCUGCUGUGUGCCUGCCAGUUCAAGUCGCCAAAUGAGAAAAUUCAAUAUGCACACCAACGAACCAUCAGAGGACACAUCCGGUCCAUCACUGCAACAUCUGGGACUCCAAGCAACUAUGGAAGAAAUGCUUACGUCUGAAAGAAGAUGAAGGAAAAUGGUUUUUCUAUGUACACUGUGAAUUGGCAAAGAAAUGUUGUACAUUUAUUUUAUAUACUACGUAUUUUUUAAUCAGAAAAACUGUGUAUAUUUUCGGAUUGUAUUAUUUUUCCUUUUUUAUUAACCUGUUGAAUGAUUGUUUUACUAAUUGUUUUAUCAAAAACUCAUUAUUUUCCUUAGGUAUGAAGAAUUUUAGCAGAGAAAAGGCUGUUAGUACAAUUCAAUGAUCUGAUAUUUUUAAGGGAACUUUUUGCAUUAAAACUUCUAAAGAAGACGU